AUGGAUAUUGAACAGUUCCGCAAAGCUGGAUAUCAAGCAGUUGACAGGAUCUGCGAAUAUUAUUAUUCGCUCCAGAGUCGCCCAGUCGUCCCACCGGUCCAGCCGGGUUAUCUCAUCAAGGCUCUCCCAGACAGUCCUCCUGAUACAGGAGAGGACUUCACUGCAAUCGCCGAUGACUAUCAGAAACUCAUCAUGCCUGGACUUACACACUGGCAGCAUCCUUCAUUCUUCGCAUAUUUUCCUACAGCUUGCACCUUCGAGGGAAUGCUCGGCGAUCUCUAUGCGAGCAGCGCUUCCAACCCCGGAUUCAAUUGGGCAAGCAGUCCGGCAUGCACUGAGCUCGAGAUGGUCAUGAUGGACUGGUCUGCAAAGCUGCUCGGGCUCGGCAACCAGUUCCUCAACAGCUCUGGAACGGGAGGCGGAGUCAUACAGACAACCUCCUCCGACUCUGCACUGGUCGUAACUGUCGCAGCACGUUCGUUGUACACGCGAAACCACCCUGGGACGCCUUUGGAGGACCUCGUUAUGUACGUGACCAGCCAGACGCAUUCCCUCGGUGUCAAGGCCAGUCUCGUGCUAGGGCUGGAAUGCCGCAUUGUGGAUGUUCGGGCUGAAGACAACUAUGCUUUGCGAGGCGACACAUUGCGAGCCGCAUUGGAAGAGGACAAGGCUAAGGGCAAGCGGCCGUUCUUGCUGAUUGCCACUGUUGGCACGACGUCCUCCGGUGCUGUUGACAGGUUGGAGGAGAUUGGGCAAGUGGUGCAAGAUCAUCCGCUGUGGAUCCACGUUGACGGCGCGUGGGCGGGGUCCGCACUGGCGUGCCCUGAAUACCGCGACAUCGUCCAGCUUGACAAUAUCAAUAAGUAUGCCACGUCGUUCGGCAUGAACCUCCAUAAGUGGGGCCUCGUCAACUUUGAUGCCGCGCUCCUCUGGGUGAGAAGCCGCAAAGACUUCACCGACGCUCUUGACGUUACUCCCGAGUUUCUGAGAACGAAGGAAGGUGAUGCUGGGACGGUCAUCGACUAUCGCAACUGGCAUCUUGGGCUUGGCCGCAGAUUCCGCUCGCUCAAGAUCUGGUUCGUCCUCCGAAGCUACGGAGUGCAAGGCUUUCAGGAGUACAUUCGCAGGUGCAUCAAACUAAACGAAUACUUUGUCUCGCUCCUGCAACGCUCUUCCGACUUUUCUCUAGUUACCCCACCGUCUUUAGCUCUUAGCGUCUUCCGCCUCACCCCGCCUGGCCUGAAGUCGCUCGACGUCUCAGCGCUCAACGACCUGAACAGGUCGUUCUAUGCUCGAGUUUCUGUGCGGCCAGACAUCUUGGUAACGAAGACGAUGCUCAAUGACACGUUCUGCGUGAGGUUCGCGGUUGGCGCUGCGAGGACGAGGAAGGAGCACGUUGAUAAGGCUUGGGAGUUGUUCCAAGAGGAGGCUGCAGUGACGAUCAAAGAAUGGGAAUCUAAGGUGGCAGGCAAUUGA